AGGAAAACCAGAAUACUACCAUCUCUCAACCGAGUGCAACCAACUAAGAUCCCAAGUUUUAUUACAAAUCUCAAAAAUCCUCAACACAAUGUCGUUCAUCACACGGGAAUACAAGUUUGAGAGCAGCAAGGUGAUGGAGCCGAAAUCAGAUCAGCACACGAUGGCCAUGCGGAGUCUGAGGAAACUUGUCAAACCUCUUCUGCGACUGGUGAAGAAGAAGCAGCUACUCCGGAAGACUCUGGCCGAGAUCCAGAACCAAAAUGCAGUCAACGCCUCGCUGGAGGACAUGCGCAAAGAUCCGGCGGCCAGUUGCGAUAACAUGGCCAACGAGGAGCUGGAGCAGCGACUGUACACCGAUCUCCGCCAGUGCCCCACUAACGUGGCCAUGAUCGUGCAGCAGGGUCAGAAACAGAGCAUCGUGCCCGUCCAUCCGGAGCAGACCUUCAUCCCGGUCCACUUCGCCCGCACCACCAGCGGCACAUUCUUCUGGACCUCAGCCGAGGGAGCUCGUCAGCACCACGAACAGCAGUUGCGCCAGCAGUUCGACCGUUGGGUUCAGGCCUAAGCAUCGCCAGGAUGCACAGUUCCACUCCUCGAUGCACCGGGAAAAACUCCAAUUGGCAGCUUUAAGUGCAAGUGUCUCCGUCCAUUGGUCGUCGGAUGGAUGCGGGUUCAGCUUCGCAUGUUCGUAAUCUCAGGGUGAUAUUAGGCAUAGAUUGGAUUCUUUGGGCUCGCGUCCCAAGGGAAACACAACUCUAAUUGAUAUUCAAUUAUCACAAUCAAGCGUUACUAUCGUUAACUCAUUGUGAUUCCUCGUGUCUUAUUAGCCUUAAGUUAGUCUUAGCCGAAUCAUUGUCUUCCAUGUUUGUUUGUUAGGGUCUUCGUAUAGGAACUAGGCUAAGAAUCAUUGUCUUCCAUGUAAAACUUUAGCUAUAAACACUAAUAUCACAUAAGAAAUAAAUAAACCGAAAAAAGGAAA